CCCAGUCAGCUCCGUGAGGAGGGGCAGGUUCGCCACGGCCCCGGCCCCGAGCGCUGAGGGCUUCGCGGGAGAGCUCCGGCCGGCUCCCGGUAACGGGAGAGCGUGGAAGCCGCUGGGGUCGUGCUUUUAGAGCCGGAAGAGAAGCCCCGGCUCCCCGCGGCCCCCCGCGCUUGAUGCAUUGCCGCAUUAUCUUUACAACACCCCCACUCGGGUUUAUGGCAUCUGAUUGUCAGCGCUCCCCCCCUGGGCUCUCUGCCUCCCCUUGCAGCAUCAUUACCAGCUCCUUGACUUACUGCUUGGGGCUCUGGGACUGCAGGUCUUCCACACAAUAGCUCUCUCCUCUUUUCCCUGCCUUUUACUUUUUUGAUUUUUUUUGUUUUUUUGGUAUGUUUCCACUAUCCACAAUUCCAACUCAGGCAACAUGUAGAAUUGCAUAAUUUCUAAAAUGGCUUCCUUUGUCUCCUUUUCAUCCCCCUAUCCAGAAAUAAGUAAACAUGGAUGAGAUCGUGGAAACGCUAGGAAAGAUCGAGCAGAAAUACAAGAUCUUCCAGCAGCAGCAGUUCACAUUCAUCAAAGCACUGAAACUCACGCAGGUGGAAGCCAAUGAUGUGGUCAGACCUGUGUCAUCCAUUAACCAGGUAGAGUGCUACAAGGACCACCACUGUCACAACUCCAGAGACAGGCGUGUACUCAACAUGUUCAUCUCCAUCUGCAAUGAUCUCCGCAACCUCUGCCACAAGCUGGAAAAGGUUCAUCCUGGGGACAGCGUGUCCAAUGGCCUUUUGGAGAAGUGCAAAGUGCUCCUUAAUGACAGCAACGACUUCACUGCCCUUCGAGCCACCUACCCCCACGGUGUUGUGAACUACCUGAGCUUAGAGGAAGCAAAGGAUGGUUAUGGAGGGGUGGUGAGCCUCAUCCCCAUCGUUAUAGACAUUGUGAGGGAGUGGAUAACCUACAGUAACAAGCACCUGCUGCUUAACGUGAGUCAUGGACAUGAAACAUCCAAGAAGGAGACACCCACUUCCCAAACAUCCCCUGCCAGGCACUUUGCAUCUCAGACCUCCGUUAGUAACAAAAAUACUGUGCAAUUGCAGGAUGGAGAAUGCUCAAAGUGCAAGUAUCAAGACCCACGUUUGAAAAAUAAAGCUCCCUGGAGGCCACCAGGCAAACACCCCUAUUAG